AUUCUUCCAAUAUCGCGACUCAGUUGCCCUGCAGAUGGAAUCUCGUAGUGGAGAGAUGGAUGAAGGUCACUUCAAACCCAGGGAACCACGGAAUGAUGAGGUGCGGACCCGGAGGCAUGCAGCAAAGCGACAUCAAUGCCCCAAGCCAGGAUGCGGCAAGUCCUUCAGUCGGCCAUCCCAUCUCGCGCGGCAUGCCCUGAACCAUUCUGCCGUUGAGUUUGAAUGUCCCAGAUGUGCCGCAUCAUUCAAGCGACGUGACCUCCUUGAGCGGCACAAGGCUCGCCAUGCAAGCAAGGAUCGGCUAGCUGGCGGGUUGGGGCUUGGUAUACUCAGGACUAAGCGACAUCGCCACGGUCGACUCAUCUUGCCUUCGAACUCAUCCAGAGCCCAACCAUUGGCAGCAUCGCAGGACCAGCAGGGCACAGGGGCAAUCCAUCGGCCGGGUACUAGUAUGAUCUCCUCAGCUAUGCAUGCACAAGAAUGUGUGUUAGAGAGCGACGUAUCCACGAUUGGUAACGUUCGGCAAACAGCAGAACCAUUUGCCUCGUUCGAUGGACUCACCUCUACUGAACCUCAGGAAGGAAUCUUGAGCACAGAUGGAUUCGGCUUUUUAGAGCUCGGAGACAUGUAUCACGACUCCACGUUUGACUUUAUGCAUUUCAAUGUCACGGGUGAUCCGCAGUCCCCAGGAAGUCUCCGGGACCUAAGUCUGGUAACGGCCCAAGACGAUUUACCUCUCCUACCCCAGAACUCUCUUGGCCUUGAUCUGGAGGGCCAAUCAGUCCAAGCCGCAGCAGCAAUCAAUUCAUCAAUGAUACGCACACCGACAGAAUGCCAGUCUCCAGAUUCCGAUACAGACCUACCUGACCUCCAAUCAACAGGAGGUUGCAAUAAGGAACUAAACGAGACAAGCAGUACUUCCGCAGAAGUCGACAGUCUAUGCUCUCUCGGACGCUUGGGGCUCAAUAACCUCUAUCUGACAGAAACAAAGAGAAGGGAAAUUCUCGGACUCAUCAACGAUAUGAGACCUGUAUAUCCCAAUGGAACGUCAAUCGAUGAGAGUACAGCAGACCUGUCCCUCGCCCGAAUGCAGGACUACCUAGACUUAUUCUUUUCCAACUUCAACUCUUGCUACCCCAUGAUCCACACUCCGACACUAGAGGUUCUCGACGCGGAGCCAUUAUUCCUCUUGUCUCUGAUUGUCCUUGGGGCUACGUAUAAAGAAAAAGAAGACCAUCAACUUUCAGUUUGUCUGUAUGACGCCAUGACACCAUAUAUCAUGAGUGGACUCAGUGGUAUUAAGGUGCCUGAUCUUUCCAUUCUUCAGGCCUUUAUGGUGUUAGAAUGCUAUGGGAUGUAUCGAGCUGGAGCAUACCAGCGCGAAAACUCUAUAAUAAUGCACACCUUUCUAUUCAACGCCAUAAGACGACUUUCCCGUUACCAUGUCCGGGCCAGGAUAAUGGUUCCCGACUUGAGGACAGAUCGUGAGAAGAACUGGAAAUCAUUCGCGUACAUCGAGCAGUACAAACGCUUGAUAUUGUUUAUCUUUAUGUGGGAUACGCAGAAUGUCAGCUACUACUCGUUCAUGCCAAGCAUGUCUACCCAGUCUAUUCAAGUAAAUCUCCCUUGCUCCAAGGAGCUUUGGGAGGCCAAGGAUGAAGACGCAUGGGAGGCCAUAACUUCUAACAGUGAUCCUCCGAUGAUCAACACCAUGGUAAAGGACUUUAUUGAGGGCGGGGGAAACAUCUGGUGCGAGACCUUGGACAGCCUAUCUCUGAGUUUUAUCCUGCAUGGCUUGAUGUCAAUGUGCAACGACAUGGUUCACUUUCACAACCAGUCCAUCUACCUUGGUAACGCCGCACAAGGGGACGACAACAACUGGCGCUGUCGGAUGACCGCGGCACUAGAGCUCUGGAAGACAAAGUAUGAUGCCUGCGCUAUGGGAGCAAGGCAAACCAUCGAUCAAGACUCGUCCCUACACGAGUUCCGCCAGGAAAACGUUGCCUUUCUUGCUCUCUAUCACACCGCACAUAUUGUCGUAAAUGCGGAUAUCCGUCAUCUCCAGAUUGCAGCGGGUGCUGAGGCGAUCUUCGGGCACGUUGUAACGAGCACAGAGCGCGAAGAAAGUAUAAGGGCGGUGAAGGAAUGGGUACGAUUAUCUCCAGAAUCGGCUGGUCAUGCUACGUGGCAUGCCGCACAGAUGAUCCGCGAGGGUCUGCUGAACCUACGGAAUUGGAAGGCUAACGGCAUGUUCCAUUACCCGUGGUGUAUCUACAUCGGGGUCUUGACGACUUGGGCUUUUGUGCAUUUCUCACAAGGGCAGAGUGCUAACCAUCGAGGGUGUCAUCAUAGCGUUGGUGGAGAAGAUGUGUUGCAGACGCAGUCAAAGGCUCUGAUGCACCAGACCAUCUCUAAUAUGGCAUCUUGUACUCCGGUAAGCAUUGGUAGAGAUCUGCAUAGAUGUUGCCCGCAUGGUUUGGCUAUUGAAGUGGCAAAGUAUCUCAAGACAGUUCGAUGGACUGCUGCCUUUGAAGCGAUGAAGGUCCUUGAGGGCAUCGUGGACAUGGAAUAACACAAAUUGACGUAUGUAUUGUCUUUCCCUUCUCAGUAUUUAGUUUUAGUAGUAUACGCGGAUACGGUACCCAGCAGUGUCAUUGUCUUAUUUAAUAACAGGCAUGGAUCUUCGACGCAAUAGUCUACUGCCUUGAUAGGAGUAACACACAACCGCCAGAGUGUACCACUAUCUGGCCUCUCCAAGCUUAUCUACACACUACCGAGAUCCACUUAUCACGUACCACUUUACCGUGUACCACUUUAAAACCACGAACCACG